AUGGCUGCAGCCAAGGUGGAGGGGGGCACGUACAUUCUCGAGGAGAAGCUGGAGGGCACGGCCUUUGGUCAGCCCCAGCCACCACGACCGGCCGUGACGCAGAGGCCGGAGGUGCUGGAUGACUUCAUCCGUAACGCUCUCCUCAAGCUCGGAAUGCAAGAGACGCUGGACGCGUUUCAGCGCGAGUGGUACCGGCUGAGCGGCGAAGGGAAGCUCUCAGCGCUCGAUGUCGACCCGGUGCCUGAUAUCUACGUGCGCAACCAGCAGCUGAGGAACCAGCUCCAGGCACUGCAGGCCGAGGCGGAGCAGAUGCAGGAUGUGUCGACGGCCGCCAAGUCGACGUGGGACAGGUACCGGAAGGAGCGUGACUUCCAUCGGAUGCACCACAAGCGGGUGGUGCAGGAGAAGAAGCGGCUUGUCGCCGACCUGCGGCGUCUCAAGAGCCAUUGUGACAGCUAUGAGCCGAUGCUGAACAUGAUGCGCACCAAGUAUGAGACGGCGAUGAAGGAGAAGAUGAUGCUACGGCUGGAGCGCGAUCGGCUCGCAGCAAAGGUGGCGGCGUUCGAGGAACAGAUGAAGCAGCUGGAGGCUGCUCGGGCCUCGGACACGGCGUCGCCACCAGCGGCUGCGACAAAGCGCGGAGCGAGGAGCUCCUCACGGCUCCCUGAUUCGUGUAUCAACCCGUAUCACUCCCGGCCGGCGACUGAGGCGCCCAUGGAACGCUGGGGCCUGUCCAAGACAUUCCAGGCGCAUAAUGCCGCCAUCAGUGCGAUCGCCGUGCAUCCGUCCCGGCCGGUUGUGGCGACCGCUUCGGAUGAUUGCUCGUGGAAGAUGUGGGGCCUGCCAGGCGGCGAGCUCCUCAUGUCUGCGGAGGGCCACGCGGACUGGCUCUCCAGCAUUGCCUUUGCGCCCUCGGGCGCACAGCUUGCGACUGGCUCGGCCGAUUGCUCGGUCAAGAUCUGGGACUUUGCCACCAGCCGCUGCAUGGCGUCGCUGAGCGAGCACUCGCAGGCAGUGUGGGGUGUGGCCUACCAUGACGUGACCGACAACUUCGCCGUCAGUUGUUCGAUGGACCACACCGCCAAGGUGUGGGACCUCCUGGCGGCCAAAUGCAAGCACACCCUGCGCGGACACGUGGACUCGGUCAACUCGGUGUGCUUUCAGCCCUACUCGAACAACGUGUGCACCGGGUCCGGCGACAAGACCGUCUCGCUCUGGGACUGUCGCUCGGGGCUCUGCAUCCAGACCUUCUACGGGCACAAGAACUCAAUCAAUUCGGUGAGCUUUCGGGUGACGGGCGACACCAUUGCGUCCGGCGAUGCGGACGGUGUCGUCCGGCUGUGGGACGUCCGCAUGGUAGCGGAAAAGGCCGCCUUCACGGUGGGCCAGUAUCCGUGCAAUGCGACCGCUUUUGACCCGAGCGGCAAGUGGCUCGCCGCUGGCUGCGACGACGGUCAGGUGCGUGUCUUUGAUACCGAGCUGGGAGAGCUACGGACCACGAUGACGGGCCACAGUGACGCGGUCCAAUGCUGCACCUUCGAUAGGAAGGGCCAGUGGAUGGUCACAGGCGGCAGCGAUGCCACAUUGCGCUUGUGGUGUUGA